AUUUUUCAACGGCUCUGACCACUCCGACGAAGUCGUAAUAUGCGAGAAUACAUGAUAUAGGUGUAGUGGUAAUUUGAUUUAGGGAAUAUUCCAAAUACACAAGGCUAGCAGAGGCCGGAAUGGGAUUUGUACUGCUUGCAUCCUAAGAACCAAAGCAAGACCCUGAAACUUAAUUUCCCUGUUACUCUACCAGAUUGCGCUCGAAUGAGUUCUGGACACUGGUGACGAUUUGUGAGUAGGUCUCUGCAUAUCCAUUUGGUAUUGCUAUGACGGGUAUAAAGAAUAUGUCAUGCGUUCUCGUAAAGAGAUAACAUACAGCCGGUUCCAUGAACUUCCUUAGAAUCGAUGGUGGUGACCGGUGGUGACGACGGUGACGACAGUAGCCACUAGGCCACUAAUGCACCGUCAUUAUUAGUAGAGCGUAUGAAUCAUCUGUGUUUUCGUAAUGGUGUUAUCCGCUAUGUUGUGCUAUGAACUUACGGACUGUUUCGUAGUUAGUAGUGAUAGUUUAGUGGAGGUUUGGUAUAUGUGAUGCAGUGGGUGUCCAUAGUGCUUCUGUAAUGUGCAUAAACCAUUGCGACUUGUAAUUUCAAGCGCCAGUUAACGCAUGUGGUUAUGUAGUAUCUACAUUGGUUAGAAAUAUGUAAAUAACGUCAGCAGGAUACUGUAUGUUGGCUGCCCCACAUGCAAUACUCAUCAUUGUACUACAUACUAAACAGUCAUAUGAUGGGGCCAGAACUUCAUACAAACUUUCUGUGAUCCAUUCACCAGAAACUGGAACUGUCAGCUCUUCUUCAUCAUAUGCAGGUGUAUUUAUUGUGGCUGAUAUGGAUGUAACCUGGAGACAUCCAAAGGAUGGAUAGUUUGCAUGUGGCUGCAACAGGAAGUAGCAAAUCAUCUAGUCGUAGUGCUUCCCCGGGUCGUCCACUUCCUAGUUCGACCAGCAGCCAUAUUUUAGUUCCAAGCAACAGCUCCAGUCCUCAGAAUACUUCAGCGCGACGUUCUGGAGAUGGCAGCACUGGUAGUGGCAGUAGUAGCACAAUGAGUGGCUCAGUUAAAAAUCGUCGCAAGUCCCCAGUCCCAGUCCGCAGGGAAAGGGGAGAUAAAGAGAAGGGUUCUUCAGAUGGUGGAACCCCACAUCUGCCCCGUCCAGAGCUGGUAUCCAGUCAGGGCUCGCAGGAGGAAGGAACCACUCAGAGUGGUGGUACUGAAGAAGAGGACAUCUUCUUACCAUCAUCAUCAUACUUGUCCAAUGGUUCUUCUGAGCAGGUUACAGGUAAUCUGUCAGUUGAUGAAGUUGAUGGACAUCUUACUGGCUCUACAGAUGUUUUAAGAACUCGAGCUGCUAUUGAACACAUGCAAUUCAAAAUUGGUCGCACAAGAGACUUAAUCCGCGGGGAACAGACAACAAGAGAUGAUAAUGUAAAUGAAUAUUUGAAACUGGCAGCAAAUGCAGACAAGCAGCAGCUGCAGCGAAUUAAGGCAGUGUUUGAAAAGAAAAACCAAAAAUCUGCACAGUCCAUUUCUCAACUACAGAAGAAAUUAGAGAGUUAUAACAAGAAAUUAAGGGAUUUAGAAAUGCAUGGAUUACCAAGUAGCCAUCGCCAGCCCCGAGAAGUGCUGAGAGACAUGGGUCAGGGGCUUAAAAAUGUUGGUGGCAACAUCAGAGAUGGAAUUACAGGCUUGUCAGGGACUGUUAUGUCAAAACCAAGAGAAUUCGCACAUCUUAUUAAGAACAAAUUUGGAAGUGCAGACAACAUCAAUACUUUAGCAAGGAAUGGUGAUAAUGUGUCAGUUGAUGAAGACAAAACCCACCAUGGCAGUGCCACCCUACCUGGUGCCUGCAGUCUUGGUUCUGCCCAUGCUUCAUCCAGUGCUGGUGUUAUGAAGUUUGCUUCAGAGGAGGGUUCAGAGUGUAGUUCUGUGACUAGCGGAAGCAUUCCAGCUGGUAAUGUAACUCAUCAGUCCUCACCUCACCAUCCUGCCACUCUCCAUUUGCCAGACACAUACAGUCUCGAACCGAUAUUCACCGAACUGCAAGAAAGACGUGAAGAAAUUGACAGAUUGAGGGAAGAAUUGGAAAGUGUGAAGCAGGCCUUUCAGCGAGAAGUGACUUUCAUGAGUCAAGCGCUACAAGAAGAACGAUUUCGUAGUGAGCGUCUGGAGGAACAGGUGAAUGACUUGACAGAGCUACACCAGAAUGAAGUGGAGAAUCUCAAGCAGACCAUUAGUGACAUGGAAGAGAAAGUGCAGUACCAGAGUGAGGAGCGCCUGCGCGAUAUUCACGAAAUGCUAGAGUGCUGCCAGACUAAGAUUUCAAAGAUGGAGCAUCAGCAGCAGCAACACCAGCAGUAUGUUACUUUGGAAGGGAUUGACAAUUCUAAUGCACGUGCUCUAGCAGUCAAACUCAUCAAUGUAUUGCUAACUGUUCUUCAAGUGGUCUUGUUGCUGGUUGCCACAGCAGCUGGAAUUGUGAUGCCUUUCCUAAGAACACGUCUGCGGGUGCUGACUACAGUUCUUCUGGUUGCUGGCAUUGUGUUUGUGUGGAAGCAGUGGCCUGAAGUAAGAGAUGUGGGUAGUCACUUGAUCCGUCAUUUGAAACAAGCAUUAUCUGUUAAGUAGUGUUAUGUACUCUUUCAUGUUCGCUGGUUGCAUGGUAUCAGUUCACUCGAGUAGAGAAGAGCUUUCGCAUUGCUCCCUGCCAUCUGGUGUGCAGGUAGUAAAGUGUAUCAAUGUCAUAACAAUAUUCUCCUGCCAAUUACUAGCCUUUUGCUGCAGACUGUUAUAGAGAGAUUGAAUAACACAGGGGCCCCUGUGUCCAAGGUAAGAUCCUGAAGGUGUUGAAAAUCAGAUGUUGUGAAUGGUUGUGCCAUCUCUCAACAUAUAUAUGUGAAUUAAUUGCAUUAAUGAACAAUCCUUUAAACAUUAGCCCGACUGAAAAUGACAGAACAUGCCUGUGCAGCUCAGUCAGUUCAAUGCAUUGUAAGAACAUCAAGAUUGUGUAUCAAGUCAAUUAGCGCUGACCUCUGGCCUCCAGUCUGAGAUGUUGAUUGUACCUUGGAGUGGGCCAAUAAUUAUCAUUUGAUCAUUAGGCAAUAUACAGUAUUACUCAGACUCUUCUCUGAUAUUAGUGGAGAUCAGCGUUCCAUAUAUUUCUGACAAGUCCCUUGCAACAGAAUCUAAUCACUUGAAACAAGGCUGGCCCAGGUUUGUACUCUAGUAGCAGGCCAUGAUAAUCCCAGUUAAGCUCCUAAAGUUAUUAUUAUUACUAUAAAAUCUUCAGAAUUCAGAUUUAUUUGAUGUUCUGAAGUGAAAUAAAUUACUUUAUUAAGAAUCUGAAAGUUGGCAGAAUUGUCAUUUAGAAAAGAGGAACAGAAUGACCAUUUCACUUUGGUAUUGAAAUCUUACUGUAUUUAAUCUUACAAAAGAAGAGAUUUUAUUCUUUUAUUUAGCAGGUGAAGAAACAGUUUAAAACCAUAGACAAAAAAAAAGAGUCCUUCACUAGAACAUAUGUUGGUCUGAACACAAAAACACUGUAAAGAUAAAAACACAAAGUUUCUAAAUGAGAUUUGGGGUUCUUAUGGCAGUGAAGAUCAUCAGGAUAUGUAUGUAUUCUUAUAUAUUCUUACCAUCACUCUGCAAGACCCUGAUGCUGCCAUCAUCACUCUGGAACAAAUGAUAUACAUUUGCGUGAAAAGGAGUGUUGGGACUAGGCUGUUACCAAUUCAGUGGGAGCCAUUUUCUUGGAAAGGGACUAUUUUUCGAGUGGGGGCAGGGAAAAAGAAAUGUGGGGGAAAUAUGGAAGCAGUGGAAGAGGAAGUAGGUGGGUGGGAAAAGGGAAGAAACGUAAGUGAAUGGAGAAAGAAUUAGUAUUAUGUAAGAGAGGCUGGGUAAGAGGUGGAAGUGAAAGCAGGAAGGUGGCCCUAAAGAAGGCUCAGGCCAGAGAUAUUCAAGUCACCACUAGUGCUUAGAGAUGGAAGGAGCAGGUUUCGCUAAACAUUGGUGACCGCCUCCAAACUGCAUAUUGUUACAUAUGAGAACAUAACUGUCUUCGUUAACUCUUUAAUUUGAGUCUGGCUUCCCAGUAACACGGAGAGAGCAGGCAAGUAUUUUUGCUCUGAACCGAUUUCAGUAUUCUGAUUGUUCGGUGCAUAAAAAUGAGUCUAAAAAUUCCAAUUCUUUAUAAAUGUGAAGCAUCCCCAGGUGAGCAGCAGACAAUUUAGAUCCUCUUCAUGUCCAGACUUGUAUUACAAAAUUUCCUGUUUACUUAAGCACCACAACAUGAAGGCUUAAAAGAGGGCUUUCCUAACUAUAACACUAGCUGGAGUUAUGUUGUGAGCAUCAUGUCCUGGCCACUACUCCUGGGGAAAGAGGCACAUGGUGUCUAUUGUGUAGGAGGCGAGAUGGACUUAAGUGCAAAUUUUGACAUGGUGACAAAGGAAAAUAUUCUUUCCCCUGCCAGAAAUGUAACCCCAGCCCAAAGAGCAUGCCAUAAAUGUGUAUGGGGAUGGUAGGAGUAUAGUUCCACAUUUUAUUAACUUCUUCAUUCAUUAUACACUGGCUGCUUCACCAGCAGGGAAGAAGUCCCUAGUAUCCAUCUGAUAGGAGACUGGUAGUGUCUUGAUGUGGUGUUCUUGCCAGGGAUUGAACCCGAGAUGUGCAGUCAUAACCAGUUUGCUGAUUGAGCUGUUCUAGCUUGAAGAGGAUAAUUCUGUCCUUGCUAGGGACUGAACCUGGGUUGUAGUCCAUAGCCAUUUUGCUGAUUGAGCUGCUGUGGCUUAACACUUGUAGUGUCUGACAGUCUUGUUUUAAUGUAAUACACAGGAGUCAUGGAAAGCCUGCUUAAUAUCAAAGACUAAAUGUAAGUCAGGUAUGCAUGAAGAUGGUGCUAGCCAGUAUGGAAUAACAUCUUCAGCGAUGCAGCAAAACAGGGUAAAGACAUGAUUGAUCUCAAGAAUCUAAAUGCAACCAGUUUACAGUUGAGUGUGUGAUAGUUACGUAUGUUCAUAGCCAUGACAAGACUCACUCCUUUUGCAUGUGCAGAAUGUAGUGGCAAGAAUUAUAUAUCACAAAAUGUGGUCUUUGUAUUAGGCGUUAGUGCAAGUGACUCACAGGGGUUAUUUGUUUUUAUGCAGGUGAGGCUUUGAUGAGUUGUGAUGAGGACUGUGCAGAGAGUGUAUUUUAGUUUCCCCUUCAAUGUAUCAUUCCAUUCAUGACUGAAAAAGGGCAGAACUGCUACUUUGUAAUAAUUGUUCAUUUUUACUGAAACUGAAACUUGUAUGAUAAUUUGCUGUGUCACAUUGAUGCCGUAGUUACUGUUUGUGAUGAAAUAAAGACUAGAAGUGUUUAGAAUUGUAUGCACCACUCUAAAAAUUAGGGGAUACUUAUUUGUAUUAGCUGUGUAUAUGAAGUGAUAGGAAGUAGAGAUGAGGAAAGGUCAACAACCAUCUUCCUUUCAUUUUAUUAACAAAAAAAGGCAACGAAAUGAAUCUCAAAUGAAGAUAUUAACAUUUCUUAAUUAAGGGCAAUCACGUUUCAAGUUCAAAAUGGACUUUUCUCCUUUAAAAUUAAAAUAUUUGUCUCCACUAUAAAUGUCUCUCUUAAGGAAAUUGUGCGCACCAGUAAAUACACAUAUAUGAGCACUAAAUUUUGUGUAGUAAAAAGAUGUCUUCCCUAAUUUUUAGUAGAUUGUAUGAUUUUGUUAUGUGAUGUAUCAUCACAAAAUACAACAAUUAUUACAGUGCUGCAAACAUAAAUGCACGCACAAAGACCACCAUAUGACAGACUGAUUGCUGAGUUAUGUCAACAUAAAGGACCCCUAAGAGUUACAGAAUUAUAUGGAGGUUUUAUUUCGUGUGUUUAUGUAAUGUACUGUAUAUGUGUAUAGAGAAUGAAAGAAAGUGUUGCAGACUAAUGACAAGUGAAGUCAUUUUGAAAGUCUGGUUAUGAAAAUUAUAAACCAAUGCAUAGUGUUUUAACUACACUGAAAGUUUGUACUCUGGUGUAAUUUAGUGAUAGUACACAGGAUUAUAUUGGUGGCUGCAGAAUUUAUGUACUGGCUUGGACACUGUGGUCAUCAGAAGUUAAUAGUAACACAAAAUUAAUGUACUGGCUUGGACACUGUAGUCGUCAGAAGUUAAUAUUAAGACAAAAUUAAAUAGAAUCUGGCACAAAUAACCCACUGUUACGUUGCUUACUCCUUUGUCAGAGUUGUCUCUCUUUCAUGCAUUUGGAAGACAUAAUCUACUUUGACACUUUGUUUUAGGUCAGUUCUAUAGAAUUCCGAAAGCCAGUGUUUAAAUAUUGAGCAUAUUAAGGAACAUAGGCUUGUUCAUUUCAUGUUUAAGCACUAUUAACAACUGUUGCAAUGGUAAAUUCAUAAUUCUCUAUUUAAGCAUCCUGUUGCAAGCCAUAUUAAAACGUAUGUGUAUAAGACCAUCAAUAAUGCAACAAACUGUUCUUUUUUCUUCCACUUAUACUUUAACACAACAUUUUUUGGCCCUAGAUGGCCGUCUUCAGGUGUUUCAAUAUAUGAAAACUGCUAUACUGCAUUAAUAUGUGCUAAAAUCACAUGCUGUAGUCCACUUAAUAUAAUAAAAUAAAAUCCAUUAAAUUUUUCAUUAUUUUGGUGAAAUUCUAUUCCACCUCACAAGGGGUGUUGUCCAUUUGUUUAGAACUGUGUGCUUCUCUCCAGGUGUUUUGCUGCAGCAGCUUGUUUUCUGUUCGUUAGCCCGUUGUUCCCUCCAGAAGCGUGUGGUGUUGUCUUCACAAUACCACCACCACCACCACAUGCUGCUAGAGGGAACAAUGCCCAAGCAAGGGGCAUAUUACAGAUUGCAGACAUAACAGAACAACGGGCUAACGAACAGAAGGACAAGCUGCUGCAGCAAAACACCUGAAGAGAAGCACACAGUUCUAAACAAAUGGAUGACACCCCUUGUGAGGUGGAAUAGAAUUUCACCAAAAUAAUGAAAAAUUUAAUGGAUUUUAUUUUAUUAUAUUAAGUGGACUAUAUAGUGUGUGAUUUUAGCGCAAAUUAAUGCAGUGUAGCAGUUUUAAUAUAUUGAAACACCUGAAGAUGGCCAUCUAGGGCCAAAAAAUGUCGUGUUAAAGUAUAAUUGGAAGAAAAAAGAACAGUUUGUUGCAUUAUUGAUGGACUGUGUUAUACAAAGAUGUUUUAAUAUGGUAAAUUCAUAAUAAGAUUAAUUUCUCCCUGGUUGCCAAACUGUCUUCAGUACUCAUUUUAGGUCACAUAAUUAUUAUGAAUUAAUUUGUAUUCCUAAACUCUCUUGUAUAAUUUAGAGUGUAAAAGUUAAUGCUUUCCUGAAAUUCACACAGCCUCCUUGAAUGAUGGUGCACUUAUCAGUGUUCAGAGCAUACAGUGAAAUGUUGGUUUAGGAGGUUCGAAAUUGAGUUCCUGUAAUCGAAGUAUGCCAUUUUGCACCUGCCAGAGGUCAAGUGGUUGUCAUGAUUGAAAACAGUGGAUAUGAAUCAGGUACAGUUAUCUUCUAAUGUGUGCCUGCAGAUGUCAUGUAACUGGCAUAACACUUAUGUUGAGUUCUUAUAUUAUUACAGAAGUGCAUUAUCUAAAUACUUGAAAAUAUAUAGACAUCUCAAUACUGA